AUGGUCAAGCCGCGCACGUCGACAAGCAAGCCGAGGCGCACAUUCAUCGGCGUGGCCAUCCUCGCCACGAUCAUUGCACUUAUUGGAACAAUUAUUACCUAUGUCGAAGCAAAUUUGCGUCAGUUUUUUAUUUUUGAUCAGCCAAAAUUAGAAGCAAUUGCCAAAAAUGCAGUAGCGAAGCAUGGCGAUGCGGCUGACAUGAUCUUUGAGGAGAUCGUGGGUGAACUCCAGAAGGAUCCCAAGAUUGCACCGAUGCUGAACAGAAACUCAUUCCGAGAUCCCAAUGAAUGGGUAUUCAACAAUGCAGGUGGCGCCAUGGGUUCCAUGUACAUCAUCCACGCGUCUAUCACUGAAUACUUGAUUUUCUUUGGCACACCUAUCGGUACGGAAGGUCACACUGGCCGUCAUACUGCAGAUGACUACUUCCACAUUCUUUAUGGUGAGCAGCUUGCAUUCCGUGCCGGUGAUUUGAGUGCUGAGCGGUACCCAGCCGGAUCGAUGCAUCAUUUGAAACGAGGUGAGGUGAAGCAAUACAUGAUGCCAGAGUCAGGAUGCUGGGCGCUGGAGCUCGCGCAAGGCUGGGUUCCACCAAUGCUUCCUUUUGGCAUGGCUGACUCCUUAUUUUCGACACUCGAUCUUCGUACAUUCGGACGCACAUGUGUGAUCACGGCGCGGGAGAUGAUUCUAAACCUUCUUCGUGGUAUGUAUUUUUCACAAAUAUAUCGGGUCGUCUCUGACUCUAUAUUACAGGCAAGUUUUGAAAGGAGAUAUGACUAUCCAUACACAGCAUGUCGGCUCUUUUCCCGGAUCCGGUUUCCAUAG